AAGUACUAAUCCCAAAGAAGACAGUUACGUGCUGCCUUGCUUGUACCAUGGGUUCGAAAAUACCAAUACCAAAAUAGGACUGAUCUCAAGCACUCAAAAAUAAUGUCAAAAUUCCGUCGAAUCGGCGCUGGCUUCUGCGGCACAGUAUGGGCUGAACCAGACGACAGCUCAGCAUUCAAACGAGAAGACGGCGGUCCCGGACGAUCCCUCACCAACGACUUCGAAAUGCACAAGCGUGUCAUACAGAGUCUAGAACAACUUCAUGCUCUCAAAAAGAACAACGCUACCAUCCACGAGACAGUAACUGCGAAUGCUCCACCUGAAACGAGCCCAACGAUAAUAACCAUUCCUACCUGCUAUAGAUUCAUCACACCCGCAGACACCGACUGGUGGGAUACGAACCUGAUAAGAUUCCCAGAGGGAUAUACACCCUGCAACGUUAUCCACGCCCAGCGCAUCCCACCUAUCUCUCAGCCGGUGCGGGAAUUUCUCAUCGAUACAUACUGUCCACCAUCAAUCAUCGCAGAGAUAAAAGCCAGUGAUACGAACCGAGACUGUCUUAUUAGACCAUACCUAGGAAGAAGACGCGUACUUCCCACCGAGUCGUCCCAGAAUGGUGAUAAUGGGGGACCAUCUUCAAGACGACCACCUCGACAAAGGGCUUUUUUCUCCCUAAGGAACUUCCCCCUUCACAUAGACCAGAUGGAACAAUUGGGGAUUUCCUAUUCUGAUAUGGAAGUAUAUACCAGAGGAAUGGCCGAUGCGCUUGCCACGAUGCAUUUCAAUGCGGGAAUCGAUGCGAAUGAUGUCGAGUUCGUUCUGGCGCCUCCGCCUCCGCCUCAUAAUACAGCAUUGUCAUCGUUAUCAGAACGCGACGAGUAUCCGGUUAUUUCAAACGUUCUCGGGACACAUAUGAUGUGGAUUCUGGAUUUUGACUGCUGUCGAGAUAUCGCUGUGGAUGAGGAGAAGGGGCUCGAGCAGGUCAUUACGGCUUUUCUGCGUAACGAUCCGUUCUAUCCACGACCGAGUUCUAGUGAGGAUUUAUGGAGGGUUUUUCGAGUGCGUUAUAUAUGGACGGUACAGGAAAUUGUGCGGGAUAGGACAGAUGCGGAUAAGGAGAGGUUGGUUACGUUUGCGGAGAGGUUCGUUAAGGGGGUGGAAGAGAAGGAAAUGGAGAAGAUGCAGCGGAGGGUUUCUUCUUAGAGGAGGUAGAAUGGGAUAGGAUAGAACAUGGCUUUUACGGGUCAGCUUUAAAACGAACAUAGAUUCGGGACUUUCCUUGAGUGUCUGGGAUCUAGUGUUGUCGGUGAUGGGACCAAAAU